AUGGCAAACGGCCGCGCCUGUUGUACAGCUCUCUCGGCUGUCCUGGGGGACCUGACGUUCUCCCCAACCAGUCUCUCAUAUGACUCCUCGCAGUCAUCCUACUGGUCACUGCAAGAAGCCGAAGUCGAACCAUCAUGUGUCGUCCAGCCAAAGUCAGCCGAGGAUGUAUCUGUUGCGAUCAAAACGAUGACAGCAAUCGAAGGAUGCCAUUUUGCCAUCCGUUCUGGUGGGCACAGUCCUAAUGCAGGCGCUGCCAAUAUCGCAAGCGGCGUUACAGUCGACCUUAGCCAACUAGGAGGCACGAUUAUUAGCGACGACAGGUCUACCGUGUCCAUCAACCCUGGUAGUACUUGGGCUGCUGUCUAUGAGACCCUGGAUCUAGUCAAUCUCACUGUUGCAGGCGGCCGCUCAGGAGGUGUUGGUGUAGGUGGCUUAACAACAGGGGGUGGCAUCUCGUUCUUGUCACCUCGCGUGGGCUUCUCCUGCGACAAUGUCCUCAACUACGAAGUUGUGCUUGCCAAUGGGAGCAUCGUGGACUCUCAGGACGACGCAGACUUGCACAUCUCCCUCAGCGGCGGCUCUAAUAAUUUCGGUAUCGUCACGCGCAUCGAUUUUGCGGCUAUCGAACAAGGUCUUAUUUGGGGAGGCAACGUGUACUACUCCAUUGACACCAUCGAUUCACAACUUCAAGCUUUUGCCAAUAUAAGCAACGCCGAUACUUACGAUGAUUACUCGUCAUUGAUCAUGUCGCUUGCCUACGAUGGACUCCUGGAUUUGUCCCUAGUUGCGAAUGCGAUCGAGUAUACCAAGGCUGAAAUCUAUCCACCUGUCUUUCAGCCCUUGAUGGCCAUCCCAGCGAUCGAUAGCACGAUGCGUUUGGACACCGUGGCUGGAAUUGCCGAGGAGUUGGCGACGUUAUCACCUGGUGGUAGUCGCGUGCUUUUUAUGACCAUCACCCAUGGCAAUAGCAUAUCGAUGUUGAACGCGGUGUAUCAGGCCUGGAGUGAUAGCAUUGCCGAUAUUUCGAAAGUGGCAGGCAUCAUCUGGACUUUUUCUCUCGAGCCCUUGCCACCGGCCAUCUACGCACGCAGCUCAAGCAACUCACUUGGCCUCUCUGACCGUAACGGAACGCUUGUCGUGGGACUUUUGACGGCACAGUGGACAGACGCGGCCGACGACAACGUUGUUGAAGCGACAGCGAAGAAGCUUCAUGGAGAUAUUCAAACAGCAGCAGAAGGCUUGGGAGAGGACGACCCUUUUCUCUAUCUCAAUUACGCCAAUACAGCGGGGUGGCAAGGUGAUCCAAUUGCAAGCUAUGGCGAGGCGAGCGUGGCAAGGUUGCGAAGCACGAGCUCGAAGGUUGAUCCUGAGGGUGUAUUCCAGAAAAACGUGCCGGGUGGCUUUAAACUUACCUAAAUGUGUUCACGUGGCAGACGCAGAUAGAAUACACCGGUAUUGUCUACGUUCGGGUUUGUUUGUUCUUUUCUGUUCAUCUUUUUGACCAAAUAUAAGCAACAUGAUAAACUC